AUGGCGUCUCGCGAUCACUCGAGGUCCCCAUCGACGCUUUCUGAGGGUGAGAUUAUCGAAUCAGGCUCAGAGAUGAAGGCAACUACGUCAAAACCUCCUCUUAAUGGCACCAGCGUUGACCGUCCCCCCAGAGAUAGUUCUUCCUCGGCGCGGAGAUCUCCCGGAUCUUUGAGAGGCAGCAAAUCGCCUCGACGACGCAGAUCGUGGACAAGAUCCAGAUCCCGCUCACGCUCACGUUCGCCAUACCGUGACAGCAAAGGCUCGAAGCGAAGACGCGAUGACAACUAUGACGGACCUCAUGAUCGCCGCCCUCGACACGAGCCCUCGUCGCGUCGAUAUGGGUCGCGAUACGAUGACAGACCCCAUGAUCGAAAUGCGCCCCCUCGCCGGCUGAAAUCAUACCAUGACUACGAUCGUGAGGAUAACUAUGGCGAGAGCCUCCAGUACACUGAUGACUACGACCGUCGCAGGGAAAAACAACCGCGCACCCGCAGUCGAUCACCGUAUCGCGACGUCAGAAAACCGAAACAGUAUGACGAUCCGAUGCCGAGUGCGGGUGGUGCAAGAACUGCUGGAGACACGAGGUGGCGCUCGACUACUGACCAGGUUGUGAGCGAAAGAGGAAAGACCCCAACAGGCACUCGCGAACCAGUGGUUGGUGCUGAAACACACAAGACUCAGGUGCAGCAAGUCCCUCCGAGGCGUGCGCAUUUUGCCGAUGAUGCGGAUACCCACAUGGCAGAUUCGACAGCAGACGCACAGCCGGUCGAGCCGAUGGAUGAGGCGGCCGCUUUGGAAGCUCGUCGUAAACGGCGCGAGGCAAUCAAAGCCAAGUACCGCAGCCAAGCCAGUCCGAUGCACCUGAGGGCCCUGCAAGUUCCCGAUGGCGAGACGGACUCAUCCGCAACCGGGACCGAGCCUACGAAUGCAAGCACACAUGGGAGCCCCAGUUCCCCGCGACUUUCAUCUGCACCCAAUACUCCAAGCGAGCAAAUUGGGGAUGCCCUCUCUGACUUUACAAUUAGCAAAGAUGCAGAUCUGGUCAACUCCACUGCUCCUACAGAUGCGACCGAAACGGACGAGCCCUCUGCUGCGGAUUAUGAUCCCAUGCUAGAUACCAAGCAGGAACGCGAAAAAGCCAGUGGAGCCAAAUCAGCAAACGGCGACGUCCCAUCGGCCGCCUACGACGAGACACAGACCACCAGGCAGGACAUUCUUCUACCAGACACGGCCCCUCAACAAGCCCUGCCCUCGACGAAAGCCAAGGAUCCAUACGAUAUGUUUGCCGAAGAUGACGACGACGACAUGUUUGCCGAGGAAACCACUGGCGAACAGCCGGCCCACGCAUCGGCCACCGCGGUGCCACAGCCUCAAGAGUUGGACAUUAGCAUGAUGGACAACUGGGACGAUCCCGAAGGCUACUAUAAUGUACGGCUUGGUGAGUUGAUCAACGGGCGGUAUCACAUUACUCAAAAUCUCGGGCGAGGAAUGUUCUCUUCGGUCGUACGAGCGACCGAUUCAGUUACCGAGACCGUGGUUGCGAUCAAGAUCAUCCGCCAGAACGAUACCAUGCGCAAGGCCGGUAUGAAGGAGAUCGACAUCCUUGAGCAGCUACGAGAGGCCGACCCGGAGGACAAGAAGCAUGUCAUCAAGUUCAUCCGCUACUUUGACCACAAGGGACAUCUUUGCAUGGUAUUUGAGAACCUGAGCAUGAAUUUGCGCGAAGUCCUUAAGAAGUUUGGACGUGAUGUUGGGUUGAACUUGAGGGCGAUCCGUGCCUACGCGCAGCAGAUGUUCCUUGGGCUGAGCCUACUUCGCAAGUGUAACAUCCUGCACGCGGAUCUCAAGCCGGAUAACUUGCUGGUCAACGAACAACGAAAUGUCUUGAAGGUCUGCGAUUUGGGAUCUGCCUCCACCGCGUCGGAGAACGAGAUCACACCAUACCUUGUCAGUCGCUUUUACCGUGCGCCAGAGGUCAUUCUUGGUAUUCCUUACGACUUUGCCAUUGACGUGUGGUCCAUCGGCUGCACGCUCUUUGAGUUGUACACGGGCAAGAUCCUUUUCACGGGUCGCAAUAACAACCAAAUGCUCAAAUCAAUCAUGGAGUGUCGCGGCAAGUAUCCACCGAAGCUGCUCAAGCGAGGCUCGCUUUCUCACAUGCACUUUGACGAUAUGCUCAAUUUCCACAGCGCCGAGGAAGACAAACUCACCGGCCGUCCGGUCACUCGAAUCUUGGACUUUAAAAAGCCCACUCGGGAUCUCAAGACGCGUCUGAUGGGGAAAGGGACGAGGGGGAUGUCGGACACGGACGCCAAGGAUUUGACAUUGUUCGUGGACUUUCUGGAUCGUUGCCUGACUUUGAAUCCGGAGAAGCGUUGCACGCCUGCCGAAGCGCUUAAGCAUCCCUUUUUGAAUCGGAAGUAG